ACUAUUCACUAAACAAAUUUACUUAUUCUUUUCUUUGAGGGAACAAAUUUAUUAUAUUAUUAAAUCGUAUCUAAGCUGACCCUACCUUUUCACUCUUUCCUUCCUCUACUCGUUCCAACUUCUCUUUUCUCAGCAUUUUCAAAUUCUCAUAACAAGAGUAAAAACCCAUCAUCAUCCAUUCGAAAAGGUUUUGUUAGUUGUUGAGUGCUGUUGAGUGUUGAUCAUACAUAAAAUCAAUGGUAUCGUCUCAUCAUCACGGGAGUGCACAAUCAGACAAUGCAAAGAUAGAACAAAUAAUCACCGAGUUUUUUGCGAAAAGCCUUCAUAUAAUACUUGAAUCAAGGACACUUUAUGCAUCCUCGCGUAAUUCGUAUGGUGGUUAUAAAUCAGAUUCUUCGCCUUGUUCGUCUUCUUCAUCCUCAUCGAGUGUGAGGUCGAGGGAUAAAUGGUUUAAUUUAGCACUCCGGGAGUGUCCUGCUGCAUUGGAGAAUAUUAACAAUCUUGAUUCCAUUAUCAUUGAUGUGGUUUUGGUAAAUAAGUCUCUAGGUUGGGACCCCAUGACCCCAAAAAGGGUAAUUCUUCGAAGUUCUUCAUUGAAAGAAAGAUAUCCACUUUGCUGUCAUGGGGAAGAAUUGGGGGUUGAGGCAAAGAGUGAAAGGAUUAUAGAGAGAUGGUUUGUGCAGUAUAAGAAUAGGAAGAUAAAGGAUUCUGAUUCUGGAACCAGGAGGUCAAACAAUUAUUUCUUGCAAAACUUGUAUAAGAAAUCAACUUUACUUUUGAGGUCUUUGUAUGCCACUGUUCGACUUUUACCCGCGUAUAGAAUUUUCAGAGAUCUUAAUUCGUCUGCAAAGAUUCAUCCCUUUACCCUUGCUCGCCGAGUAUCUUCUUUUGUUGAGCCCUUCACCCGAAAAGAAGAGUCUGAAAUGAUGAAAUAUAAGUUUACUCCUGUGGAUACUUCUUCUGGUAGCCUCUGCCUUACGGUGAUGUAUUCUCCCUCGGCCUCAGAUUUGAGCUGUGAUCCAUUACCUUCUAUGUCCCCGCAAGUUAUUUCUGACUAUGUUGGAAGUCCAUUGGCAUCUCCAUUGAGGAGGUUCCCAUCACUUCCUUAUGCAGGAUUCCUGUGUCAUGAAUCUCCACCGCCAAGGCGACAUAGUUCGAAUUUUGAUGACCGUAAAGCUUCAACUACUUCCAUUACUGAUUCAUCUUUGCCUAUAUAUUCAAAACCACACAUAUCAGUGUCUAAUACAAGUUCACGGCUUUUUCCACAUGAAAGUUUGCCUCCUCAUUUAGCUGAGAUGUCUUCAAUUCAGAAAAAGGAUGUAAGUUGUGAUGACUGUUAUGAUCCCUUUCCAUCGCUUUCAAUCUACAAUUCUUGUUCUUCGGCAUCUAAACAUUUUGUGUUUUCUCUAAGAAAAGAUAAGCCCCAAAAAUAUUCUGGAGUCAGGAUUUCUGCCAACAGCUCACCACGUGUUUUGAUUUCCAAAAGGUAUUACCAGGACGAUUUUGAUGAUACUGAUUGUAGUUGUCCAUUUGAUGUGGAUUGCGAUGAUAUGAAGGAUCCAGGAAGCAGAGCAGAAUCUUUGGAUCAUGGUCACGUGGCUGAGGCACUUGAAGCUGGAGGAUUCUUUCCCAUCAGAAAGUCCAAUGAUGCCGCUGUCGGUGUGCUUGUACAUAUGUUGAAGAAAGCACCACCUCUCCAUCAAGAUUUUAACACUUCAGAACACCCCUCAGUACUCUGCGGAGGGCUGCGACGGACAGCAAUUCCCACCUUGAGAGUCAAUUUCACAACUAAACCUUUGGAGAAAUCUGUUCAAAAACACAAAAAAGAAUCCUGUGAAACCCGGAACAACAACAUUCAAGAGCACAAUCAGAACCAAGAGGCAUCUAUAGCAACUAGGAAAACAACUAGCGAUGCAUUGGAAGAGUUCCAUGGUUACAGGGAGAUGAAAAACUUAUUGGUUAUGCGAGAUAGUAAGCCACAGAUAUAAUGUAUAAUACAUUACAAUUUCGCUUCUGCGAGUUGCGUUCAUGCUGAUAUUAAAUCAGUAAAAACACACAUAUAGUUAUUUUCCUUUAUAAAUCGGUCCAAUUGAAGAUUAUGAAUUGUUUUAAAAUAUAUGUAAAUAUGAUGAUUAAUUAUAGGACUGUUGAGAUUUUGAUCUAA